UGAAUUUUUCUGAUCUUAAACAAGUCGGUAGAGGGGGAUUUGGAACAGUAUUUAAAGCAACUAUUAAAAGAUUAGACUUGACAGUUGCUGUUAAAAAAUUAAGUGCUGAAAAGAAUGAAAAGACUAUUCAAAAGUUUGUUAAGGAACCGUGGCCCCGGAAAAUUAUGGAUCCAUAA